CAGUUGUCAGGGAGGCUGGGAGCAGAACGACUCUUAAGGACCGUGCCGUGGCCAGUCGCGGCUCAGACAGGGGGGCAAACGUCACUGCGCACGGACAAAUCGUCUGCGGUGUUGUGCGACAUAAUACAGCAAGCUACCAAUCGGUGUUGUCGGUUCUGUCCAACACUUUGGCGACGAAGUGGAAGAAAGCGGUGAUUUGGAAGUUUCACUGUGCUUGUUGGCUCUUGUCAAGUCUCUUUUUUUGCAAGCCGGGAGGCACAAGGCUUUGGUUGUGAAACGUACUACAGGCACGUCACGCAUAAGGUACAAGUACACUCAUAAAACAAAACUCUGGGUCCGAGGUUGUCAAAGUCGACUCACACCUGGACACAUUCGAUCUAAUACAGACUGAGGAAGUGAAAAAGGAUAGAAUUACUGUCGAAAACGAUUAGAGAGGUUACAGCCAAGAACCUGAAUUUCAAGAUGAUGAGACUCAUAGCCCUGCUUGGUAUAGUCAGCCUGCUAGUAUGCCGGUCAGCUGGUCAAGAUGCCGCGAAUGUGGAGGAAGAGGAGGACUUCAAGGACUUAUACCCAGCUGACAGGGCGCAUGGUUUCAAAGACGUAAAUGGAAUGAUGGAUGACGAGCAGCAUCUACACAGCGCCACCAAGAGGGAUGUAAGCGACAGGCAACGCGAGAUAGACCUAGCAGCCCAGCAGCCGUUCUACCCAUACGGUAGGAGAACGGACGUGCCAGGCCGGCCAACUGGCUUCAUUUUUGGCAAGAGAGGGCAGUAUUUCAUCCCCUACCAGUACCAGAAGCGAGAACUGGCUGAGGUCAACCCGUACAGCGUGUCUAAGCGAGAUGAAGAGCUGACCGGUCUGGAGGAAGAGCUAGAUGCCAGCAAGCGCUCCAGUGGACCGUACAUGAGCGGUCUUCACUCGCUGACCUUCGGCAAGCGGGACGCGUGGGGCCCAGAGAAAAGACGCGACCCGUUCUCGUCCUACGCCUUCGGCAAACGGGCCUUCGGCAGCAGCUUGACGUUUGGGAAGCGUGGAUACGGCAUGUCGUCCUUUGACUUUGGAAAACGGGCGGGACUUGACAGCAGUUUUACCUUCGGCAAGAGGGCUAUCCCAGAUGUUGACAGAUACGACGAGGACGCCCUGGUUCAGGACGACAAGCGUGCUUUCGGUAGCAGUUUGACCUUCGGAAAGCGCAACGGCUUGUCGAGCUUCACUUUCGGCAAGCGAGCGGGUGAACGAUAGAACGUUGAGGUCGUCCUAUCGCAUGCCCAGCACUUGUAAAGAUAGCUAUUAUUCAUAUUAUUUCAACUAAAGUUUAACUGGCGACUGGCUUAUGUUUUUAUGGACCAUUGUACUGGUCAUACAGAUUGUAGCCUUGAAAUAGAAAAGCCCUGUUAUUACAAAAGAUAGGAAGGGUAAGGCAAACCUUGUUUGUAAAUAAAGAGGAAAUAGUUACAACCGAAUCAAAAUUGACAAAAGAGAUUGAAAGCAAAGCGUCGUUUAAUUAAAACUUCUUCUGUUUUACGAAAUUUUUAAAGAAAAAAAUAAGAUCUUCUGGCUUUAGGGUCAGAAAGCCAGCCAAGGAUUGGAUUGCAUUCCUUUGAAUAAAUUCUACAGUACUGUAAUUAUACGUAAACUUUACAUAAAUGAUAUCAUCAGCUAAAUGCGAUAAAGCAAUCAAAUGUACAAAUAUAGAUUAACUUUGUCAUUCACAAUGCUAUCUUUUUUUUUCAAAAUGAGUUGCGAAGCUUUAGUUUAAAUACAACCGCAUGCUUACUGGUCAGUUUGGAAUUAUUACAAUAACUACAGUACUGUUCGUUAAGAGAACAUAAUCAUGAUAGACAACUGGCAUUAAUACUAAACUAUUUUGAAACUAAAUUUUGAAUAAACAUUUCCUGCCUAAUGUUCAUUUUAAAUUUUAUCACUUUAUUGGCAAAGACCACUUUGGAGUCCAUAUAGAGUAUUAAUCAAUGAAAUUCUCAAGAAAUUUUCCUUCCUCCCAAGAUUUAUAUAUAAAUUCAAAAAUAGGAACUGCUUGACAGAAGCUUCUGCUAACUAUUAAAAUUAUUUGACGUCUAAGUAAAAAGAAA